AUGGCGAGAAAAGUGGCUUCGACUCUAACACACUCGGUGCUGUUCGUCUCCCUUCUAGCAUUUACUCACGUCCACGCGCACACCCAUUCCCAUGAUGAUACUCCCGACGCCGCCUCGGAGACACCUCUCUCCUUCUCAGUCGGGCCCAACUACCCCUAUCCCCUCGAGGACCUGGACAAAGACCUCCCUUUCUCUCAGCCCGUCACCUUUGCCCACUUGCCGUGGGAGCGGUGUUUUUCCUCCCGCCACGCAGCUGAAUUGGACAUUGCCAUUGUAGGAUUCCCCUACGACACGUCGACCUCGUACCGGCCCGGCGCACGCUUUGGGCCCCGAGGUAUUCGAGCCGCAAGCUCCAGGGAGAAGAAGGGGAGAAGCUACAACACAGUCUGGGGCAUUGACCCCUUGACGGAAGGAGGGCUGAACAUCGUCGACUGCGGAGACAUCCCAGUGACUCCAUUUGACGCCCAGCAUGCGUUCCGCCAGAUGGAGCAGGGCUACCGGCAGAUCUUGUUCCACAACACCUCGAGCACAGCCACAACGGACGCUUCGUCAAAUCCAACCGAGGGCAAGAGAACAUGGCAACAUCCCCGAAUCCUUUCUCUGGGGGGCGACCACUCGAUCGUCCUUCCGAUCCUUCGCUCCCUCAAGGAGAUCUACGGGCCCAUCUCCGUCAUCCACCUCGACUCCCACCUAGACACCUGGGAUCCCUACGCGGGAUACACGGGGAUUGUCUCGGAACAGAGCGCCAUCACCCACGGGACUUUCUUCUGGCACGCCGCCCGGGAAGGGUGCAUCGCCAAGGGGAGCAGCGUGCACGGGGGGCUGCGGACAAAACUCUUCUCGCCCAAGGACUACGUCACGGAUCGGGAGGUGGUGGGCUUCGAGCUGAUCGAGGCGCACGAGAUCGACGAAGACCCCAAGGGCAUGCAGGGCAUCACUGACCGGGUGCGCAGCAUCGUUGGGACCGACAACCCCGUCUACCUCAGCAUCGACAUUGACGUCCUGGACCCCAGCAUUGCCCCAGCCACGGGCACGCCCGAGUCAGGAGGCUGGACGACGCGCGAGGUCAAGAGAUUCAUCAAGGGCCUGGAAGGGGUGCGGCUGGUCGGCGCCGACGUCGUUGAGGUGAGCCCCCCAUACGACACGGUUGCGGAGGUGACGAGCGUGGCGGCCAGCGAUCUCCUGGUCGACAUUCUAGCGUUGAUGGUCAAGGAUUCCCCAGGCAAGCCGGACAAAGCGCAGACAGGAGGACAAGAGGUAAAGGACGAGUUGUGA